UUGAAAGGACGGUCAGUGCUUCGAAAGUACAAAGAUUGAAUAAUGAAAUACUGACGGUAGCAAGGGAAGAUAUAAUCAGUCUCUCCAAUUGUAAGCUUUAUUUUUGAAAUCGAUUAGUUGGAUUUAUAAGAAAUUAUAGUGACUAUAUCAAGUCCUGCUACAAACGCAUCUUAUCCAAAUGAAUUCAUCAAGAGAGCCUUGCCCGUUAACAGGUGAAGAUUUCCACAAACAUUUUGACUUUUACAGCGAGAGAUUUUAUAUCACCUCAACUUUCUGUGCAGUUGUUGGCGUUGUUUUAUCACCUCUUAUCGUCAUUAGUAACGGCUUAGUACUAUUAAGUAUUCUUCAAAAUAUAACUCUUCGUCGAGUUCCGUCUAACAUCCUCAUCUGUCUGUUGUCCUUUGCUGAUUUUCUUGUUGGUGGUGUAUUUCUUCCUCUGCAAGUUGCUUGGAUGUUAAGUUUCGAUUUGAACAAUUCCUGUCUGUAUUAUGGCUUGAUGGUCUCCAGUGGAUGGUUCAGUUGCAGCGCCUCGUUUCUUUGUAUGGUUGCAGUUAGUGGAGAAAGAUACUUAGCACUGUUUCUUCAUCUGAAGUAUAAGUCGAUUGUGACAGCGAGAAGACUUGUCAUCAUCGCUAUCAUCAUCUGGUUCUUGAGCGCUAUGAUUUCAACUAUAUUUCUUCUAUCCUACGUUAUUACUGCUAUCUAUAUAACAAUGGCGUUUCUCAUGCCUUCUUUGGGCUUCAUAAUGUUUACUUAUUACAGGAUCUUCAAGCUCGUUCGUUAUCACCAGAAACAAAUUCACUCCCACCAGAUACAAGAGACAGAUGUCGAGAGCGCGAAACAAAGAAAGCUUGCUAUCAUGAUGGCGUAUGUCAUAGGAGUAUCCCUGAUUUGUUAUGGUCCCAUCGGAUAUGCUAGUCUGAUGGCUGUUAUCAAGGGGCUGACAGUAGAGACUACAGAAGGUUUUUAUUUAACACUUUCGCUUUAUACCUUUAGUUCGCUCUGUAACCCUUUGAUUUAUUGCCGCAAGAACAGAGAGAUAAGACAGGCUGUGCUUUCGAUCCUUCCAGGCACUUGUUGGUGUCGUGUUAGGCCAGGUAAAAGACAGAAUGUAGCAUUUGAUAAAACGAAAAUGGAAACAACAAGGGAACAAGCGACAAGCGAAAUGAAAAAGCGAAUGCAAGACAAUACCGACCAGAAUAACCACUUUAAUCCCGUUCGUGUAACUAUUCUUCAAAAAUAACAAGUAAUAAGACAUAUUAAUUCAAUAGAACCUUUGCCAAAAUGUAGACCGUAAAUUCAAAUUCAAUGAAAUUAAUGUAAGUAGAAAAUCCUUCAGUAUACCGGCACAAGAAAGAGUACCAUUGAUUUAGUUACGUCUACGAAGAUAUACUAGCUCAUGUGUGAUAUUGGCCAAGAGAACGUAACUGGAAAAUUGACAACUAGCUGCAGAAGUUUUUAGACUAUGUUAUGGCGUAUAAAGUAUGAGUGUAAGUAACAACCUUGCAGUAAAUUAUUACACAUACUGAAUAUACUAUACGGGAUUCAACUGCCGGUGCUUUGUAAACAGGACUCUAUUUAAACUAGCCUGUGCUAAAUUAGAUUUUCCCGUUAAAAUAUU